AUGGUGUUGGUGGCCAACAAACUCACCACACCUGAACCCCAUAGAGAAUCUAUAGAGAUAAUUAAAACAUUACGCUGCCUAAGAAAUAAGUUCCAUGAGGUGUCUUUGUGCAAAAACACUGCCUGCAAAGCCAUUGCCUCAUAUGGCAGCAAGGCAGCAAGUCAGCUGCCUAGUUUCCAGCAGGUGUGUUCCCACCACAGGAACCAGGAUCUAGAGUUCCGGGGGACUCAGAAGAGCAGUGAUGAAAUAAGAAUUGUGCUGGUUGGAAAGACUGGAGUAGGAAAGAGUGCAGCAGCAAAUACCAUCCUGGGAGAAAACAAGUUUAAUUCAGAUCUGUCCUCCUCCUCUGUGACCAUAGACUGUGAUAAAGCCAAAGGAGAAGUCAGUGGGCAAAAGGGUGCCGUUAUUGACACUCCAGGCUUGUUUGACACAAAAGAGGAACAAACUUUGAUUGAGGCAAAGAUUAAACUAUGCAUAUCGCUCUCUGCGCCAGGCCCUCAUGUUUUUCUCGUGGUUGUGCAGCUUGGGAGAUUUACAGCAGAGGAAAAAAGUACUGUGGAGCAAAUUCAGAAAAUAUUUGGUGAUCAAGCAUCAAAAUACACCAUGGUACUGUUCACUCAUGGAGACAAGCUGAAGCGUGUACAGAAAAGCAUUCAUAGGUUUGUUAAAGACAGUGCUGAUCUGCUUGACUUUGUCCAGGCUACAAGUGGCCGAUACCAUGUUUUUGACAAUGAAGAUAAGGAUCCAAACCAGGUCAACAUGCUGUUUGAACAAAUAAAGCAGCUUAUGACUGUAAAUGGUGAAGAGUAUUACACUAAUGAAAUGCUUCAGGCAGCUGAGAGAGCAAUAGAAGAAGAAAAAGAAAGGCUUAUGCUGCAACAACAAAUGACUGAACAGGAAGCAAGAUACAGAGCAGAAAGAAACAAUACUUUUGUGAAAGCCGGUGUGGUAUUGGUAGGAGGUGCUGCUGCUGCUGCUGCGGCUGUUACUGUUAAAGCCUGCCAACUUCAAUGAGAACAUUUCUCUGAUUGGUUAA